AGCAUUGUUCAAUUAAUAACUUGAAUUUUGUUCUUCACGUUCUUGAUAUUUUGUUUCGAAUCCUAGUAGUGCGCUCGUUUCGUAACAGUAUAUCGACAUAUUGUUUGAACUCUCACAUUUAUGGGUAGGUCAUUCUAUUCAAUCAAAUGCUAAAAUAGAUUAUUCAUCGAAGGGGAGUUUAAGGACUCUAACGAUGUUCCGUCAACAAUUUUAUUUGAAGACCAACCACGCCACCAAUUCGUCCUAUUCAUUCUCAGCCUAUGUCCCUUCGACCAUUAAGUUAGAUGUUCGAGUCGUUAUCCUGGAAGUAGCCAUAUCAACUUCUGAUGUUAAAAGAGAAGUAUAUAAGUGUGUGAUGGAUAUGGACAUAUGGUAACGGAAGAAGAAGAAGAAAUGAAGGAUACUUGAUGCCUACCUAAAUGUGGGUGUUUCCUUGAAAAUUAAAUGACUCGCAAACUAAGUUGAAGAUAUAUGUUAGGUGGUGACUUGACAAGGAUUGCAAUUUAAUUAGUAUCGCAUUCUUCCUUUGAUAAUUAAGUUGGGAUUUGAUACAUCAUUACAUAACAAUGACAAUAUAUAGUAACAUGACAAUAGAGUACAAAAUGUUUUCUUUCGAUUGAUUCGUGAUUUGAAACAUCUUUUCAAAACUCUGGCAUAAUAUUGUUGGAUAAUCACUAUGUUAUUACUCAACUCCAAAAAAAAUCCAUUGAUUCUCACUUCAAUUUGUACAUUUUGUUAAAAUUUAAUUUGUUAAGAGAAACAAUACCACUAAUAAUACUGCCAUCUCCAAACGGUCAUUACAUUUUCCCUCCAUCAAUGGCUUCCACAGUUAUCUCUCUCCUCCUCCUCAUCCUCAUCCUGACACUCCACCCAGCACCACUCUCCGCCGCCGCCAACCUCCACCGCACAACAACUCUAUUCACCUCACAGCCCGACCUCGAGCUCACCUCUUCCGCCGCCGCCGCCGCCGCCGCCCCUCCCACCACCUAUUUCGAAGUCACCAAACCAAUCCCCCUCCCCGCCUCCAAACCCUGCUCCCACCUCCUCCUCCAGCACGACUUCGCCGCCACCUACGGCCACCCUCCGGUCCUCGCCGAUUACACUCCGCCGUCGCACUGCUCCUCCAAAAACUUCUCCAAAAUCGUCCUCGAGUGGACCGCCACGUGCAAGGGCAGGCAAUUCGACCGAAUCUUCGGCGUCUGGAUAGGCGGCGCUGAAGUCCUCCGCAGCUGCACCGCCGAGCCAAAAUCCACCGGAAUUGUCUGGACAGUGAAGAAGGACAUCACAAGGUACUACUCUCUCCUCACCACCAACCAAACCCUAGCUGUUUAUUUGGGGAACAUCGUCGAUUCCACCUACACCGGCGUCUACCACGUCAACAUCACUAUCCAUUUCUACCCCGCCGAUUCAACCGGAGCCGGGGCCGGUCCCGGAUCCGACUUCAUCGCUGAUUUAAUCCUGCCGAUUUCGAGGAAUUUGCCUCUCAACGAUGGAUUAUGGUUUGAAAUCGAGAACUCGACUCAUGUGGAAUCGAAGAAAUUCAAAAUUCCUUUGAAUACAUACAGAGCUGUGUUGGAGAUUUAUGUAUCCUUCCACGAAAACGAUGAAUUCUGGUAUGGAAAUCCCCCAAAUGAGUACAUCUCCGCCAAUAACCUCACCGGCAUCCCCGGCAACGGACCGUUCCGCGAGGUCGUCGUGAAAUUAGACGGCUCCGUCGUCGGCGCCGUCUGGCCAUUCACCGUGAUCUACACCGGCGGAGUGAAUCCCCUCCUCUGGCGUCCGAUCACCGGAAUCGGCUCCUUCGAUCUACCCACCUACGACGUCGAAAUCACCCCCUUUCUAGGGAAAUUACUGGAUAACAAGGCUCACAAUCUCGAAUUCACCGUCACAAACGCCUUAAAUGUUUGGUACAUCGAUGCGAAUCUCCAUAUAUGGAUCGAUAAAAAAAGCGUUAGAACACACGGGAAGCUCCUGCACCACAGCGACUCCCUCCUCUCCCUAUCCACACUCUCCAACUCCACCGGCUCCGACGGCGCGUUCGCCACAAACGCCACCCGCACCAUCCUCUCCACCGGCGUCGUGACCUCGUCCCACGGCGACGUCGCCACAACCUCCCGCCGAGAGCUCCGGUACACUAACACGAUGACAAUGUCGAACGACGGGAACGCUCAGACGCUCGACCAGGUGACCAAUGUGGACACCAGCGUCGACAUUGAUCACCACCGCGACCCCCCUCCGCCUUCCACGAAGGUGGAGAGGAGGUUCAGCAUUUGGUACACCUCCGACAAUGCCGACAACGGGGACGGGAGCUACGAGUCGGUGUCGAACGUGACGCUGGGGUUCGAGGAGAGGGUGGGGAGGGGCGGGGAGACAAGGAGGGUGAGGAACGUGCAAGGCGCGGAGGGGUCGAUGUUGGUGAAGGGGAACAUGGUGGUGAGGGGAUUGGGGAGUACGCAGCAGGAGUAUGGGUAUACAAGUGAUGAAUGGUGCUAUUUUAGGAAUGUGAGUAGCUCCAACUACACUAUUCUUCAUGAUGAAGUUAGCCGUGACUGUGUGUAUCAUCGUUGCUGGGAUUAUCUUGCGAGGAGGAGCUCUCUUGGAUCUAUAUGUGGUGGUGUGAAGAAAGGGGGGCUUCUUUGAUUUUGAUUUUGAUUUUGAUUUCCUGCGGUCCUUGUGAUUAUGUAUGCAUUGGGGCUUUUAAAUGUAAAUAAUGAGUGACUCGAACCUCGAAGCCAUCGAGCAAGUUAGAGUCCGACUUAUAUACAAUUAAAUAAAGUGGAAACGCCAUAAAUAUUA